GCAUCGCACUGUCCCUCACAGCCGAAAGAGGAGAAGAAAGAAUAGCUGAAGAAUAUGGCGGAUCGGAGCGGAACCACCGCCGGCUGCAACGACCGGUGCGGCUGUCCCAACCCCUGUCCCGGCCGUGACGCUUGCAGGUGCACAUCGAUUAGCAAGGCCUCGGGUAGGGACGAAGCUCACAAGCGAUGCACUUGCGGCGAGCACUGUGGCUGCAACCCUUGCUCGUGCGCCAAGGCGUGGGCCGCCACCGGCACCGGCAGGCUCCACUGCCGCUGCGGCAAUGGCUGCACAUGCGCCACGUGCGCCGCUUGAGUUUGGUUGAUUUUUUUUUUUUUUUUGUUCGUUUGUUUUUGGCUACCUUUUCCGAUUGAGGAUCCGUUUUAGCUGAUCUGAAUGUAAGUAUUUUCCACAAAAAUAAAACGAGGCCGCCCUUUAUCUGA